AUGCUUGUUCUCCCAGGAACAUCGGCUCUUUCGCCAUUUAAAACGAAGGCACUUUUGAAGAGCGUCCAACAACAUGUUCCUGAAAUACAGGCAAUCAUUGCGAUAUUUGUUCAUUUUAUCCAGCCAAGGAAUGAAUCAUCUCAAUUGCUUUUAUCCGAUGUAACGUCUAAUGAACGCAACAUUCUCGAUAAUUUACUCAAAUAUGGAUCAAAAUCGAAUACAAGUUCUGGGGCGUUCUCUCAAAUUUUCGACAAUUUAAGCGAUAUAGGGAGUUUAGAAUCAAAUAAACUCGUGUUAAUAGUUCCGCGUCCUGGGACAAUAUCUCCAUGGAGUUCCAAAGCAACUAAUAUUGCUCACGUGUGUAAUCUAGAACCACACGUAGAACGCAUUGAGCGUGGAACAGCAUAUCUAUUUGAGAUGGCUGCGACAACCUCAUCUUCUUUAUUUCAACAGAAAUUUCCCCUAUUCUCGCAUCUGCUCUAUGACAGAAUGACUCAAAUACCUCUCUUUGACGUUCCAGACAAAGAGAUCCUGUUCAGACAUGGGAUCCCAGCGCCAUUGAAAACUGUUCCUUUAUUCAUCGGUAACGAAGAGAACGUGGACAUUCUGUCAGCCAAAGAAAAGUUAGCCAAGGGUAACAAAGAAUUAGGACUUGCACUGGCUGAUGACGAAAUAGACUAUUUAGUGGCUGCGUUCGUUAAUGACAGUGAGCUAAGAAGAAAUCCAACUGAUGUGGAAUUGUUCAUGUUUGCACAGGUCAACUCGGAGCAUUGUCGUCACAAAAUAUUUGGAGCAGAAUGGAUCAUUGAUGGAAUAGAAAAAAAGUCAUCCUUGUUCGAUAUGAUAAAAAAUACUCACAAGUUACACCCACAGAGAACGAUCUCGGCGUAUUCUGACAACGCAGCCGUAGUGCAGGGGUUUAAGGCAACACUAUUCACGCCCGACAAUUCUUCUAACUGGACUUAUACGCUUAUGCCAGAAGAUGUCCAUAUCGUGAUGAAGGUUGAAACCCACAAUCACCCAACAGCAGUCUCGCCAUUUCCAGGUGCGGCCACUGGAUCAGGAGGAGAAAUUAGAGAUGAGGGAUCCGUUGGACAGGGAUCAAAACCUAAAGCAGGACUAUGUGGAUUCAGCGUGAGCAACUUGUUGAUACCCGGACAUACUCGACCAUGGGAGACUGAUUUUGGAAAGCCUGCACAUGUUGCGUCUGCGUUGGACAUUAUGAUAGAUGGGCCGAUUGGAAGUGCAGCGUUUAAUAACGAAUUUGGGAGGCCAGCUAUAGUUGGAUAUUUCCGGAGUUAUGCAGAAAAUGUAAGCAAACUGAGUGUCGGAAAGGGGGAAACGAGCAAUAACGUGAGUAACGUGGAUGCUGAUAAUGAUAAAAAAGUCAUCAGAGGAUAUCAUAAACCGAUAAUGAUUGCUGGAGGAGUGGGUACUAUUCGACCCAUGCACGUAUACAAAAAAUCCAUUUCUCCUGGUGCACAUAUUUAUGUCAUCGGCGGACCAUCCAUGUUAAUCGGUCUUGGAGGCGGGGCCGCGUCAUCAAUGGCAAGCGGAGCUAGCUCUGUGCACCUAGAUUUUGCAUCUGUGCAGCGAGAUAACGCAGAAAUGCAGCGGAGAUGUCAACAAGUAAUUGAUACUUGCACUGCACUAGGUGAUAACAAUCCCAUUCAGUCCAUUCAUGAUGUAGGAGCAGGUGGAUUAUCCAACGCAAUACCCGAGUUGGUUCAUGAUAGUAAAUUAGGAUGCCGCAUUAGAUUACGUGAUAUCCCCAAUGAUGAUUCGGGUAUGUCCCCGAUGGAGAUAUGGUGCAACGAGUCACAGGAGAGAUACGUCGUUGCAGUCUCUGACGAAUAUGUUGCGUUGUUUGCGAAUAUAUGUAAGAGAGAAAGAUGUUUGUAUGCUGAUAUUGGAGUGGCUACGGAAGAACGAAAACUGGUCUUGGUAGAUUCAUUGUUGAAUAAUACUCCAAUUGAUUUGUCGAUGGACGUACUGUUCGGUAACCCGCCUAGAAUGACAAGGAAUACUAGCAUGAUUAAGCCAUCAUACGUUGAAUUUGACACGUCGCUGAGAACGUAUUUGGUUGGUCUUACUGAUACGCAACUGAUUCUUGACGAUGUUGUUGACCGUUUAUUGAGAUUGCCUACAGUUGGAUCUAAAGCUUUCUUAAUCACCAUUGGAGAUCGUAGUGUGACUGGGUUAGUAGUGCGUGAUCAAAUGGUAGGACCAUGGCAGGUACCAGUGUCAGAUGUGGCCGUGACAAAGUCAUCAUAUGGAAUGGAUGUAAUUACAGGCGAAGCAAUGUCAAUGGGCGAACGUAGUCCAAUUGCAUUAAUAUCUCCGGCUGCAUCCGCACGUAUGGCAGUCGGUGAAGCCAUUACCAAUAUUGCAGCAGCGAAGAUAAGCGAGAUAUCUCAUAUAAAAUUGAGUGCUAAUUGGAUGUGUGCAGCUAAUCAUGAUGGAGAGGGUGCUGGAUUGUAUGCAGCAGUAGAGGCAAUCGGAAUGGGGUUGUGUCCUGAUUUGGGGAUUAGUAUACCUGUCGGAAAGGAUUCCAUGUCGAUGAAGAUGAGAUGGGUUGAUAACGCUAAUGUUCCUAGUCAGAGUACUGUCGUCGAGGUGGUCGCUCCGUUGAGUUUAAAUAUUACAGCCGUUGCUCCAGUUAUUGACAUUCACAAGACAUUGACCCCCCAACUUAGAUCCAUUGAUAAUACUCUGUUGGUGUUAUUAGAUAUCGCGUGUGGUAGACAGCGGAUGGGUGGAUCUGUUAUUGCUCAAGUGUAUAAUCAAAUUGGCAACGAGGCUCCAGAUGUGGACGAGCCGCGCGUGCUGAAAUCGGCAUUCAACGGUAUACAGAUGCUGCGCGAUCAGACACAGACUCAUACAAACAAUAUAAUUCUCGCGUCUCAUGAUAGAUCAGAUGGCGGAUUAUUUACUACUAUUGUCGAAAUGGCGUUUGCUGGCCAUGUUGGUGUCAACGUAGAUAUCCAAUCAAUAACAUACAAUGGAGAUAUAAUCAGGGCUUUAUUCAACGAGGAGUUGGGCAUUGUAAUACAGAUAAGAGAGAAUGACUGGGGUAAAGUAGUCGAUAAUUUGACAAAGAAUGGAUAUCCUAAAGAGCAUAUACAUCGCAUCGGAAGUGUCAAUGUCACUACGCAGAAUAUCACAUUCGCAAAUAGAGAUGUUGUAUUAUACACAUCUUCCAGAGCCCAAUUACAGCGCAUAUGGGCAGAAACAUCUUUUCUGAUGCAAGCCAUUAGAGACAAUGCCCAAUGCGCUCAGGAAGAAUACGAUUCCCUUCUCGAUAACGAUAAUCCAGGCAUUCAAUAUCAUCUAACAUUUGAUCCUAAAGACGACAUUACCCUCCCACUUAUCGUAUCACCCUCCUCGCGUAAACCACAAGUAGCAAUUCUCAGGGAACAGGGUGUGAAUGGUCAUUUGGAGAUGGCACAUGCAUUUUACGUAUCGGGCUUUACGGCAGUGGAUGUCCAUAUGUCAGACAUUCUCAAUGGAAAAGUAUCUUUGAAUGACUUCCACGGCAUAGCUGCAUGUGGUGGCUUCUCGUACGGAGACGUAUUAGGUGCCGGAAGUGGUUGGGCUAAAAGUAUUCUAUUACAUUCGAAUGCGCGGAACGAGUUUUCUAAAUUCUUUAGUAGAGAUGAUACGUUUGGAUUAGGAGUAUGUAACGGAUGUCAGUUUAUGAGCCAACUAAAAGAAUUGAUACCUGGUGCAGAAGAUUGGCCCGAAUUUAAGAGGAAUAAGAGUGAGCAAUAUGAAGCAAGAUUUACAAUGGUCGAAAUAUGUUCGCCAGAGACGAAGGCUUCGAACACUAGCACUAGUAAGAGUACACAAACACUACCAUCUAUAUUCUUUGCUGGAAUGUAUUCCUCCCGUCUCCCAAUUUCAGUCGCACAUGGUGAAGGAAGAGCAGAAUUCUCUUCACCCGCCCAACUUGACCGUCUUCGUUCUAACAAUCUCAUCUCCCUACAUUUUGUCGACAAUUACGGAAAUCCAACCGAGCAAUAUCCAUUCAAUCCUAAUGGGAGUCCACACGGAAUUACUGGCGUUCAGACGCCAAAUGGAAGAUUCCUUGCAAUGAUGCCUCAUCCAGAGAGAGUACUGAUGAAGGAAAAUAAUUCAUGGUAUCCGCGUGAUGUGAAUUGGGAUGAAUUUGGGCCCUGGGUGAGAAUGUUUAGAAAUGCGAGAGUUUGGGUUGGAUAG